AUGGAUAUUCCCACCGGAAUUUGGUGCUCGAAUUGCCAGCAUCCUAUCCCGACGGAGGUUAUCAAGACUGCCACGCCCGGCAUCCUCUGCUUCGGCUGCACUUUGCAGAGCGAGGAGGAACGUAGCUCCGUCAAGGGAUCCCAGUGGAGCUACCUUCUAAAUCACUGGCAUGCCGAAGGUGCGCGUAUCCUUCACUGGCUUCGCAACGACUUCCAUUCCACCGAACUGUUGACUUGCCUCUGUUCCUUGGCCCGGUACUACAACUUCAACGACGUAGUCCCCAUGGUGAACAGCAUGGCCUUGGAGCGCCUUCGCCACAAGUCGGCCCCGGGCAUCUACGUCCGUCACGUCAUCGAGUCCGACUUCCAUGACGCCCUUGUGCUAGCCAAGAAGUGGAGGCUCAGACCUAUGGGACAACCCCGAGCACCCCGCUACGGAUACAACGUGGGCGUUUGCAAGGAUGGCCAGGACUGCAAGAACGUGCUGCCCCUCGAGGACCGCAUCGUGGUCACCGAAGCCUACCGACUUCGCAAGGGUUGCAACAUGAUCUACGCGCAGUGA